AGCUUGACAACAGUAACGGACGGUUUGUCCUCCUCCUCCUCUUUCUCCUCUUUCUCCUCCUUUUCUCCGUUAAAAUAAACCUAAAUAUUUUACGUCGUCGACGCAAAGUUACAUUUCGAAUUCAAACGACGACGACGACGAAGUAAAGAAGAGGAUCGAAGUUUGAUUUAAGAAGUAGUUCCGAUGUCAACAUGGCUGCGAAGACUGACCAACUUCUCAUCGUUGUGUCCAUCCUGGAAGGUCGCCACUUCCCAAAGAGUCCGCGGCUCAGUCUGGUGGUGCAGGCGAGCUUCGACGGGGAGCAGCUGGCUACAGACCCGGUGGAACACAGAGAACAGCCACAGUUCAGCACCGAACUGGCCUGGGAACUGGACCGGAGAACUCUGCAUCAGCACAGGCUGCAGAGGACGCCCAUCAAGCUGCAGUGCUUUGCUGUGGACUCUGUCCGUCAGAGGAGAGACAGCGUCGGCUACAUCGUCCUCGACCUGCGAUCGGUCCAGGAGGUCAAACAGGAUCCUCGCUGGUUUCCUCUGCUGAGCAGUAAAUACACCAAACAGAGACCGGCCCUGCUCCUCAGCUUCCUGCUGGAGAACGACACCAAGACCAAAGCUUCCCCGGACAGGUUCAAGGCCCGGAAAGCCCCCCCCCGACAAGGAUCUCCUUCAGUAGCCGACCUGCUCCCGGACAAACUGGAGGCCUCCCUGAUCCCGGACCAGGGCUACCACCAGGUGGGGCCUCCAGAUCUCUGCGCCGACAUGUUCGUCCUGUCCGUCACCGUGGCCUUCGCUACCAAACUAGAGCAGCUGAUCCCCAGCACCAUGAAGCUAUCGGCCGCGGGCUCCGACUUCUUCUUCUACUACACUUUACUGGGCAACGACAUCACCAGCGAACCUUUCCACAACCUGCUGAGUCCCGACUUCGAGCCGGAGCGCGCCUCCGUCCGCAUCCGCAGCAGCCGGCCGGUCCUCCAGGCCUUCCUGUCGCAGCAGCCCAGUCUCCAGAUCCACCUCUGCUGUGGGAAUCACUCUCUGGGCUCCACGGACGUUUCCCUCUCGCCUCUGUCGGCGGCUCCCGUGGAUCUGGAGAACAAGGCGGCGACGGUGGAGGGAGCGUUUGUCCUGCGGCCUCCGAAGCGUGCGAAGCAGACGCUGCCGGCCGAGCUGCAGCCGACCGUGGGAGUGGCUGUAACUCUGAGGAGGGAGGAGGUCGCGCUGCAGCCUUUAGGGAGUAAAGAAACUCAUGGAAGCUCCUCACCAGUCCAGAAACCUCAACUAUCUUCUCCACCUCCUCCUGGUCCUCCUCCUGGUCCUCCUCCUCUCUCCCACACUGAGAGUGAAGCUGAAAGUCUCCUGGAGGAGCUUCAUCAUCUUAAGGAGUCGGGUCUGGAAGCUCCAGAUCUGGACGUUUCUCCUCCUCCUGCUCCUCCUCCUCCUCAUCAUCAUCAUCCAGAGACGUCAGCAGACGGAGGAGGAGCGUCGUCCGUCAGUGUCUCUGCUCCCAAAGUGUCCAUCCCGUCCUCGGCCCAUCACUACUGCUUCUCCCUGGACCUCCUCAGCCUGGGGAACCUGAGCUUGGACCGUCCCAUCGCUGCGACUCUCAGGUAUUCGUACCAGUUCUUCGGCAGCGCCGCCCCCAUCAUGACCAACCCGCCCGUGGAGCUGCAGAGGAACAUGGAGGUGUCUCUGCCUCAGUCCUACUGCGCCUUCGACUUCGCCGCCCUCCCCCACCAGCUACAGGACACCUUCCUCAGGGUUCCUCUGGUGGUGGAGGUCUGGCACAGAGACUCGUCCAGCCGAGACCAGCUGAUCGGACGAGCGUCCGUCCAGCUGUCCCGGCUCCUGAGCUCCCAGAGGACUCGUCUCCCGACGUCGGCGGGGGAGCAGAGCUGGAGACAGACCCACCGGGACCGGGUCCCCGUGGUCCAGACCCACCAGGACCGGGUCCCCGUGGUCCAGACCCACCAGGUCCAGGUGGCGGAGCUGAGCUACGUGGCAACGCUGGAGGACCUGGGUCUGGUCAGAGCCACCGAGGUCAUCGUGUCCGACUCAUCACAGAAUGAACUUCCAGCCUGUGGUCAGUCGUCGUCCCGCCCCGCGGAGCCCCGCCCCCUGGAGCCCCGCCCCCUGGGGCCCCCACCCCCAGGCCCAGCCCCCCCUCUGGGCCCCGCCUCCAGGGACACCCUGGAGUACCGCACGGCCCUGGAGCUGGAGCUGUGGAAGGAGGAGCAGGAGGAUCUGUUCGACCACCAGCUGAGGAAGAAGGAGCUGAGCCACAUGAAGGCGCUGGCUGAGGAGUGGAAGAAGAGAGACCGAGAGAGGGAGGCUCUGGUCAAGAAGAAGGAGGUGGAGUACAACCUGCUGGAGGAGAAGCUUCAGAAGACGCUGUCGGAUCUGGAGAGGAGAGAGAAACAUCUGGCUGAGGCCGAGCUGGAGACCAAGAGGCUGCAGAGGGAGCUGAAGGCCGAGCACGAUCUGACCCAGAGGGAGCUGCAGGAGAGCGGCAGGAGGCUGCAGCUGGAGAGCGACCACCGGGUGGCGCUGGAGAGGGACAAAGUGCGGCUGAUGGAGGAGGAGCGAGGCCGGCUGCUGCAGCAGAUCGCGGACGGAGAAUCUCGCUACAAACAGCUGGAGAAAGAGUUCCAGAUGUUCAGAGAACAGCAGAACGUCAGACCUGAGAUCAGGCUGCAGUCGGAGAUCAACCUGCUGACGCUGGAGAAGGUGGAGCUGGAGAGGAAGCUGGAGUCGACCACUAAGUCCAAGCUUCACUACAAGCAGCAGUGGGGUCGCGCCUUAAAAGAGUUGGCUCGCUUCAAACAGAGGGAGCAGGAGAACGCGAUGACGCGUCUGAAGAAACAACAGGCCGAGCUGGAGGCCAUGAGGCUGCGUUACCUGGCAACCGAGGAGAAGGACGCGGUGCGACAUGAGCGACGGGAGCUGGACGACAUCAGGAACCAGCUCAACAGGUUAAAACAGGAUGAGCGGUUAGGCCACGCCCCCUCUGUAGCAGACUCCGCCCCCGGUCCGGGUCCUGGUCCUGGUCCGGACGAAGACGCGGACGAGCACCUGAGCCGCCUGCUGGAGGAGAGGGACACGCUGCUGAGGACGGGAGUUUACACCCACGAGGACAGAAUCAUCUCCGAGCUCAACAGACAGAUCCAGGAAGUGAUGAGAGACCGAGGGACGGUCUGAACCAAUCACAGGCCGGCUCAGCAGAGACUCCGCCUCCAGAGACGUCACAGCAGCUACAAACCUGACGUCUCCACUCGUCCUCAUAAAAGGACAAACCAACACUUUAUUUGAUUCUAUUUAAACAGAAAAAACUUUAUUAUCGAGUGUCACAGAGAAAACUGCAAAGAUUUGACACUUUCAAGUUCUGUUUUAUUCUGUGGAGCCUUUAAAGCGUCAUUAGCGCCACCUAUAGGUCAAAGUCUCUAUGCUAAGCUAAUGCUAACCAUGAGCUGUACCUUUAAUAUUUGGAAAGAACAAAGGUUCUUUUAACUUGUGUUUGAUGGAUUUAUUUAUAUUUCUGGACAGAACAAAAGGUUUUUCUUUACUUUCUCACGUGUUGAUGAUAAAUUCACAGAUUAUUUCUGAUUAGAUGCAAAAAAAAAAACUCCAACAUGUGAGAGUCUAAAGCUUCAAACCUGCUGGUUCUUCAUGUUUUAUUCUGAAAACUGACUCGUGUUCUGUGGUUAAACAUCAUCACAGCAGAAAAUAUCAACUUUAAUUAAACUUAAUCUAUAAAAUGGUUUAAAUUCAGAUUCUCACAGAAACAAACUUGAUUUUGAAAUAAUCAGAUGAUCUAGAAUAAAUAAAUUAAGUGUGUUGUGUUGUGUGAUGUGUGUGAUGAUGAUAAACAGCAGGUGGCGCUGCAGCCUCAGAAAAGCCUCCUGCAGACGUUAACUUAUUCUUUUUAGAGACUGAAAUGUGUUUGUUUGAUGCAAUAAAUUAUUUUGGUAUGAAA